AUGUUCGUGUCUCACGAGUGGCUUAGCAGUCGGCAUCCGGAUCCCAAAGCAGAGCAGCUGACGAUUCUUCAGCAGGCCUUGAGGAAUAUUGUGUCGGGCGCCAGCCAAGUCUGCGUUCCAGUUGUGACUGAGAUCCUGUUUGGUCGCUUGCAGCGGCCUUGCGCCGACAGCAUGAAGGCCUGCAACCUCUACAUCUGGUACGACUACUUUUGCUGCCCCCAAGGCGCCUCGCAUUCUUCAAGUGUUAACCGCCAGUCAGCCAUUGACAGCAUUCCAGCUUAUGUGGCGCAGUGCUACUUCUUUGUGAUCCUGUGUCCUGCCUUCCAGCAUUUCGACCAAGACCGGACGCUGAGCCAGUCCAGUUGGGCACGCCGGGGUUGGUGUAGAUGUGAGCGCGGAGCACGUGAGCUUGCCGCACGAGAAGAUGGCUUCAUAAUUGUGAUUGAAAGUGCUAUGCACCAGACCUUGGUAUGGCUGGGGAACAGGAUGUUGGAAGCACCGGGGGAAGGGGAUUUCACUUUGGAGAUGGACAGACGCAGAGUUGGCCGCAUGAUGAUCCGCAUGAUCUGGGCCAAGUUGCUCUACCAUCUCGAACAGGCCGACUUCCACAACUACCGGUUCUUGCUGAACACGCAGAAAGCUCGGUUCUUCCGAUCUCUGGAUGAGCCCCCCAUUGACGGCUUGGUCCCCUCCAGCAACACGGAGGUCGACCCGUUCGCGGAACCCGACAAGUUUCUGAUGGACAGGUUUCUGCACCAGAAUGGCUUCCGGGACUUCUCCGAGCGUGACGCAGGUGGAUGGUCGCCCCUAUGCUUUGCAGCCCUCAAUGGCGAUCCUCUGACCCUUCGGGCGCUUUUGGCCCACCGGGCCAAUCCCAACGAUAUGACGACCAAGGCAAGAGUCAAGGAACAGCUGCCCAGAAAGACCAGGGUUCUGGGAAUUGCUGCUUUCUUCCGAAACAACGAAGCCGUGAAGUUGCUGCUGUCUGCAAGAGCCAGCGCAAAUGCCUUGGAUGAGAACUGUGGCAGCUCUCUGCAUUUUGCCUGCGCCGCCGACAAUGCGGAAGCUGUACGAUUGCUUUUUUCGGCUCGUGCUGACCCGAACCAGAAAUGCCUUCCGGGACUCAACCCGUUCCAGGUAAGUUGUGCCUGCGGCAGCAUGCGUUCCAUGAAGGAGAUCCUCACGCAGGUGCCGUCCUUGAGUUUGCGGUACAGCCUGCACUUUGCCCUGAUGUUCAGUGGCGGAGGGUCGCCCGACACCAUCUCGCAGUUGCUGCACGCCCGUGCCGACGUCAACGAGCAGUUUCGCAUCGAGAUGAAGGAGCCUAGGUGGUGGCUGAUCUUGAAUGCCACCAGCAUCUGGCAUCGAGUCAGCCCCUCCAGGCUCAGCUCACUGGCCUAUCAUCACUAUGGCGCCACGCCCCUGAUGUUCAGCAUCCUCAGUGGGUACCUCGAGGCUGCCUCGGUCCUGCUGGCUCAUGGGGCAGAGGUGGGCAUCAUGAACUACCGCAGGAAGACCGCCGCAGAGCUGUCUUCCCAGAUGCUCCUGCCCACAUGGUUGCGGGAGGCACUGGAGCCUCGAGAUCAGCAGACCUUCUCUAUCUGA